UCAAAUUCGAUUUCUCGAUCACCUUGUCAUCUAUUUUACACCUUGUGAUAGUUUCGUUUGACCAGAACCAUACUCAUCGGAGAAAAUUAACAAAAAAGGGAAAGCAGUGAAGCGAGCUUUCUUUUUUUUUUUUUUUUUAACAAUCAGAAUUUUGUUUGAAGUCUUCACUUGGUUCCCAUAAGACUUUAUUUUCCAUCGUCCAGAUUGUCGGCGGAAAACUCAUUAUCGAUAAAACUUUUGGAAGUGUGUUUAAUAAUCUGACUGCGAAUAUGAUAUUGAACAAAUUGGUUCGCGCCCAGGCGUCCUUGGCUGCUACAAGACGUGCCGCUUUCAACACUCGAACCUUUAAGACAUCUGCUUCAGUUCUCGAUGAAAAUAAGCUUAACAAGUUUAGUGGAACGAUUACCGGUCCCAAGUCUCAGGGUGCUUCCCAAGCCAUGUUAUAUGCUACCGGUUUGACUGAGGAAAACAUUCAAAAUCCCCAAGUUGGUAUUGCUAGCUGCUGGUACGAGGGUAACCCUUGUAAUAUGCAUUUAUUGGAUCUUGGCCGUAGAGUGAAAAAGGGUGUCCAAAGGGCCGGCCUUACUGGCUUUCAAUUCAAUACUAUUGGUAUAAGUGAUGGUAUUUCCAUGGGUACUAGUGGUAUGCGUUAUAGUUUGCAAUCUCGUGAAAUUAUCGCCGAUUCCAUUGAAAGUGUUAUGCAAGGUCAGUGGUACGAUGCCAAUGUGUCUAUUCCAGGUUGUGACAAGAAUAUGCCUGGUUGCUUGAUUGCCAUGGGCCGUGUCAAUCGUCCUAGUAUUAUGGUAUAUGGUGGCACCAUUCUUCCUGGUCAUUCUUCCUGUAUGAACAACGCUCCCAUUGAUUUGGUUUCCGCCUUCCAAUCCUAUGGUCAGUACAUUACUGGUCAAAUUAACGAAGAAACUCGUCACGAUAUCAUCCGUCAUGCUUGUCCUGGAGGCGGUGCCUGUGGUGGUAUGUACACUGCUAAUACUAUAGCAAGCUGUGCCGAGGUCAUUGGUAUGACUUUGCCCGGUUCUUCCUCUUUCCCUGCUGGAACCCCCGAAAAGUUUGCUGAAUGUGACGCUGUUGGCGACGCCAUUAAGCGCCUUUUGGUUGAGGAUAUUAGACCAAGUGACAUUAUGACUAGAAAGGCUUUCGAAAAUGCAAUGAUAUUGACCAUGGCUUUGGGUGGUUCUACCAACGUUGUUUUACAUUUGGUUGCUAUCGCCAAGUCCGUAGGUAUCACUUUGACUUUGGACGAUUUCCAAGCUGUCAGCAACCGUACACCAUGCAUUGCUGACAUGAAGCCUAGUGGUAAGUAUGUUAUGGCAGACUUGUUUAAGAUUGGCGGUAUACCCGCUGUCCUUAAGUAUCUUCAUGCUGAAGGUCUUAUUGAUGGCUCCACUAUGACUGUUACUGGUAAGACUCUUGCCGAAAACUUGCGUGAGGCCAAGCCUUUGAAGGAAGGCCAACAAAUCAUCAAGCCUAUAAGCGCUCCUUUGAAGACCGAAGGUCAUUUGCGUAUUCUCCGUGGUAGUUUGGCACCCGAAGGAUCUGUAGCUAAGAUCACCGGCAAAGAAGGAUUAGAAUUCCGUGGCAAGGCUCGUGUGUUCGAUGCCGAAGCUGAUUUUAUCAGCGCUUUGGAACGCGGUGAAUUUAAGAAGGGUGAAAAGACUGUAGUCGUUAUUCGUUUCGAAGGUCCUAAGGGUGGCCCUGGUAUGCCUGAAAUGUUGAAGCCAUCUAGUGCUAUCAUGGGUGCUGGACUUGGUAAGGAUGUUGCUCUUCUUACUGAUGGUCGUUUCAGCGGCGGUUCUCACGGAUUUUUGAUUGGUCAUGUUGAUCCCGAAGCUCAAGCUGGUGGUCCCAUUGCUCUCGUUAAGGACGGUGACAUUAUCGAAAUUAAUGCCAUCAAGAACACCUUGGACUUGUUGGUUGAUGAGCAAGAAAUGGCUUGUCGCCGUCAAGCUUGGAGAGCACCUCCUUUUAAGUACCAGCAAGGUACUUUAUUGAAGUAUUGCCGCAAUGUCAGUACCGCUUCUAAGGGUGCUGUCACCGACUCUAUUGAGUAAGGUGUUGUUGCCCUUCGAAUAUACUACCUGUAAAGUUGCUUGAACAAUAUUUAAAGGAAAAAAGGGACUAAUAAUUUCUGUUUUGGAUACUUAAUAUAAUGUAAAUUUCAUUUAAUCAAAAAGUCUAUAGGUAAACGUGAUUAAGGGUACAUAGAGAAG